AUGGCUGGUGAUUCAGUUUUGCUCGUACUGGCAGUCGUCUCUCUUCUUUCUGCCUUCCAGCAAUGUCAUUUUGCUUGGCUGGUGGGAAAAUUAAGAAUGAAGCACAAGAUCAUGUCCCUGGCUGUCACUGGAGUUCCAGAAUUUGACAGAACAUUUCAUAAAGGUAUGUUGUACAUGUUUGCCUGCUACAAGUACUUCCAUGGUUAUGUGCAGCCCAUAGAAGGAAGGUUAACAGGGUUUUAUUUGAGUGUGAUAAUUCUGAUUUGCUUGAUAAUCCUGGGCAUAGCUGGUGCAGCUGGGAUUGUCAACAUCUUUCUGGAUGAAUACCUGGACUUCAACAUAAUGGAGAAAGUCCAUAAAUUGUUUUGAAGGUGCUUUUAAAAAAAAAAAAUAUGACUGAACCCCCAAAAGAUGAUAAGCUACAUGUGAAUAAAACAUCAGAGCUCUUUUCUAACAGCCCAUUGCUAUGUAAAAUGCAUGUUUUUUCCUGAGCUGUUUACACUUGCUCC